AUGGCAGACAAAAGUGACCCUAGUGAAGCGAAGAAGGGCCAUAAAAAACGGCAUUCUGGUGUUAAGGCGGACAAGAAGAAUGCCAAAAACAAACCAACUGAUCGUACGAAAAAUCCCAAGGCUUUCGCAAUCACUAAGGCUCGCUCGGCUGAGAAGCGUUUCAGGCGAAAGGAAGACAUCAUCACCAAGAAACAACAUAUUCCCAUUGUCGACAAAACCCCGGAAGAACCCCCGCCAGUCUUGAUUGCGGUGGUCGGACCACCGAAGGUCGGCAAAACAACGUUGAUUAUGAAUUUAAUCAAAAAUUUCACCAAAACAAACGUUACAAAAAUUAACGGGCCAAUUACGGUGGUUACGUCGAAGAAGCGGCGAAUUACCCUGGUCGAAUGUAACAAUGACAUCAACAGCAUGAUCGACAUUGCCAAGUGUGCCGAUCUGGUGCUGCUGUUGGUUGAUGCUAGCUUUGGGUUCGAAAUGGAAAUAUUUGAAUUCCUCAACAUCUGCCAGGUGCAUGGUAUGCCAAAGAUCAUGGGCAUUCUAAACCAUCUGGACAUGAUCAAGAGCGCGAAGGCACUCAAAAUGCAGAAGAAAGUACUGAAGCACCGUUUCUGGACCGAGGUGUAUGAUGGAGCGAAGUUGUUCUACCUUUCGGGUUUGAUACACGGCGAAUACCUGAAAAAUGAAAUAAGAAAUUUGGGCCGGUUCAUAUCGGUUAUGAAAUUCCGUCCGCUCACGUGGCGCGGCGCUCACAGCUACAUCAUAGCCGACCGCAUGGAAGAUAUAACAAAUGUGGAGAAAAUUCGUCUAAACGCUAAGUGCGAUCGCGAUGUCGUCCUGUACGGAUACGUUCGGGGUGUUCCAUUGAAAAAGGAAAAUAUGAUACACAUCGCAGGGUUGGGGGAUUUGUCAAUCGACGAACUAAGCACCUUGCCCGACCCUUGUCCGCUGCCGUCGAGAGAAAAGAAGCGGAACUUAAUGGAGAAAGAACGGCUUCUUUACGCUCCAAUGUCUGGUGUUGGCGGUAUCGUGUACGAUAAGGAUGCCGUAUACAUCGAACUGCAAGGGUCGCAUAGCCACAAAAAAGGCGCUAAAAAUACCGAACAGCAACAAAUUGUGGAUUCAUUAACGGAGAAGAAAGAGACGUUCGAUGUCACUAUCGAUAACCAAGAGUUCCGUCUAUUUAGUGAUGGAGCCGUGAUAAAGUCAUCAGAUUUCGUGGAUAAUGCACGAAAGAUGGAUGAUGCUUCCGACAACGAGAGUGAUGAUGACGAUGAAGAUCAUGAUGAAGCCGAUGAAGAUGAUGAUGAUUCGGGCUUGGAAGAUUCCGAGGACGAAGCUGAAGAAACGGGAAAAGGUGCCCGUUUGGGAUGGAUACCGGAAGAAGGCGAUGAGGAUGACGAGGAUGAAGAUGGUGAUGAAGAAGAGGACAAUGACGAAGAAGAAGAUGAUGAUGAUGAAGACAUGAACGAUAUCAACACUCUAGGAAAGCAACGUUCGAGCGGAUAUCUCUCGUCGGAUGACGAACAAACCACGGCCAGUGGAAACACUAUGGCGUGGAAGGAAGGCCUUGCGGCAAGAGCCCGAACGGAUUAUCUGAAUCGUUUGGCUUCAAACAAAAAUCUGAUGAAGAUUGUGUAUGGAGUAUUUAGCAAAUUUCACAAACGCCAGCAAGAAAAAGCCACUGCAGAAGAGGAUGCUGAAGAUGAGGAAGAUGAAUUGCUGGGAGGAAUAUUUAAAAGCGUUUCGCAGAGACAAACAGACUUGCAAAAGAAGAAGUCAGUUCAGGACGUGGACGAAUGCUGCUUUUUCGAAGAGUACGGUGAUGGAAUCCGCGACUGGACUGCAAACGACAACAAGGACCUCAUUCGAAAUUGUUUCGUGACGGGCAAGUGGAAAGCAUCGGAGGAUGCUGAGGAACUGUUGAAGCUGGACGAUAUGAGUGAUGGAGACAGUGAAAUUUUCGGAGACUUUGAAGAUCUCGAAACGGGUGAAAAACACGUGGCGUCCAAGGGAUCCAGCAAACAAUCCACAGAAGCCGGGGAGCAAAGCGACGAAGAUGAAGGUGGCAAGCAUGAACCCAAGUCCGUCAAACGGAAGGUAACGAGAGUGGAAGAGAAAAAUAUGUCCCGAUCUGAGCUGAUGGCAAAGAAGAUGAAGCUGAAGGCAAAAUUCGACUCAGAGUACGACAAUCCGGAAAAGGAUGAUCAACAUAUCGAGGGCGAUCAUCAGUACUAUGAAAUGCUAAAAGCGGACGCGCUACGCCAGUCUGAGCUCAACAAAAAGGAGUUUUCCAACCUGGAUGAAGAUGUGCGGCUCAAUAUUGAGGGUCAUCGAGCAGGCUUGUACGUGCGGAUGAACUUUAAGAAUGUUUCCUCUGAGUUUGUAGAACACUUUGAUCCUGCGUAUCCUGUACUGAUUGGCGGGUUAAACAUGGUCGAAGAGAACGUUGGUUACGUAAACUGCAAGGUGAAGAAACACCGGUGGUACAAGAAAACACUCAAAACGGGCGAUCCGCUUAUCAUAUCACUUGGUUGGAGACGGUUCCAAACCAUUCCAAUAUACGCCAAGGUGGAAGACGACUUUAAGCAUCGCUUCCUGAAGUACACUCCUAACCACGUGACCUGCAGCAUGAGCUUCUGGGGACCAAUUACGCCACAAAACACGGGUCUGCUGGCAAUCCAGUCGGUUGCGUACGAUCAGAAGGAAGUACGCAGGCUAGGUUUCCGCGUAGCGGCCACCGGAGCAGUCAGCGAAUCGGACAAGACCGUGAAUAUAAUGAAAAAGCUUAAGCUUAUAGGAACACCGGAUAGAAUAUACCAAAAAACCGCCUUCAUUAAAGGUAUGUUCAACUCCGCUCUCGAAGUGGCAAAGUUCGAAGGUGCAAAGAUUCGAACUGUUUCCGGCAUUCGCGGUCAAAUUAAAAAAGCCAUGCCCCCGGGAGGCUCAUUUCGCGCAACGUUUGAAGAUCGAAUUAAAUUGGGCGACAUCGUAUUUUGCCGGACAUGGUUCAAAGUUCCCGUGCCGAAGUUCUACGCCCCCGUUACUAAUUUGCUGCUCGCCCCGGAAAAGAAAACUCAAUGGAUUGGCAUGAAAACUCUGGGCCAAUUGAAGCGUGAAAAGAACAUUCAGUUCGAACCGAAGGAAGACAGCACGUACAAAAAGAUCGUGCGUGAAAAGCUGGCCUUCCGACCACUGGUAAUACCGAAAAGUCUUCAAAGAGCGCUUCCUUACAAGGACAAGCCAAAACUUGGACCGGUGAAUCCGAAGAAAUCAUUCGAAAGCGAGCGGGUGGCGGUGGUACUUUCACCGCAUGAACAAAAAGUGGCAAAAAUGAUGAGUAUGAUAAAAACCAACUACAAGACGAAAAAAAUCAAGCAACAGCGCAUGGUAAAGGAGCGGUCCAAAAAAUACAAGAAACAGCUGUUAAAUGAAAAUUUCAAAAAGCUACAACGUCAGAAGGAUUUAAAGAAGAAGGUGUUUAAAGCGAUCAGCAAAAUGGAUACGAAAAACGAAGAAAAAAUGAAAGGGGGAAAGAAGUGA